AUGGGUCUCAAGCGUAUUGUUGACGCUACUGAGAGAGAGCGGAUUGACAAUUGUGGCACUGCUCCAUCCGAAGGUGUUGAAGUAAUGCAUCUUGUAGAACACCAGGAGCCAACAACGGGGGACACUGCUCCCUCCAUUUCAAUUGAAGAAACAGAAGAAAUCCACCUUAUCGAACACCAGGAAACUCCAGGAGGGGACACGACUGAGUAUUGGCAAAACAUCUUCGACGUCCUGGACGAUAACACUUCUGUAUGGGAAGGUGAUCAUUUCAACGACGUGUGUGAGUUUCCAGUAGCCGGUGGCGAUGAUCAAAUAGUAUUCAACGGGUUCGACGAGCCCAUUCCAGCACCAGACACAACAAAAUUUCCUCGGACGAAUGUCAGGACAUUUCCUCAGGAAAACAGACUACUUGGUAUUCGUGGGCAGAAGUUCAGCAUUCAAGCGCUCUUUUCGUCAGAGAAGACAUUCCGGUUGACCCCGUACACGUCAAGGAACCAACAGUAGUCACCAGCAACCCCAGCGUGAACUUUUGCCAAAUCAUGGGCAACAAUUGUUGAGCCUCCACCACUGACCCCGCUGUAGAUUUAUGAUUCUUCACACGAUUUUGUAGCUCGCCUGUCGACGAAAGUUGAAUUGAAUUUCCUCAGCUGGUCAAAAAGACUGCACCAUC